GGGGAUUGGGAGGCUUCUGGGAAAAGAUGGCAGCUUCCUUUUGUUUGUAGGGAUUUGCUGCACUCCGAGGGGGGAUUUAAAGGCGUUCUUCGGCGGCUACAGGGGUUUCUGUUCAUACUCGGAGCUCUCAGCAGCAGUUAGUCCAACUCUUGAACAUGGAGAAGAGCGGCAGCAUCGACAGCUUGGGCUCCAAACGCUCCUCUUCCCGACAGCCAAGUGUUGAUUCAUUGUCCAGCACUUCCACCUCUCGCUCUGACCGGUCUGCACAAGCCAAACCACCGUCUGCUAUGUCCUCUGACUCUGUGUCAACUUCUGCAGAGUUUUCUCCGGAGCUCAGGGUCAAGCCCAAAGCCUCUGCCAAGCAGGUGCUUAGAGAGUCAGACAAAGAAGAACCACAGUUGCUUCCAAAUGAAAAUGUGCAAGACAUGGCCCAAGAUAUCACCUACUUUUGUCCUUUUACUGGAGCACUGAGGGGAACAGUGAUUGUUACCAACUACAGACUCUUCUUCAAAUGCAUGGACAGGGAGCCGGCAUUUGUGCUGGACUUGCCCCUUGGGGUGGUGAGUCGUGUGGAGAAGAUUGGAAGUGCUUCAAGCCGUGGUGAUGUGUCCUAUGGGCUAGUUUGCAAGGAUAUGCGUAAUCUACGAUUUGCACACAAACAGUUGGAGGACACACUGAGGAAGUCCAUUUUCGAAGUCCUGAUGAAAUUUGCGUUUCCUGUUUCCAACGGGCUGCAAAUCUUUGCCUUUGAAUAUGGGCAAGUCUUCCCUGAAAAUGGGUGGAAGGUGUAUGAUGCAGUCUCAGAGUAUAAAAGACAGGGUAUACCAAAUGAAAGCUGGAGGAUAACAAAAGUAAACGAUCACUACGAGCUGUGUGACACCUACCCAUCAACUCUGGCGGUGCCUGUCAACAUACCAGACGAAGAGCUGAAGAGAGUAGCUGCCUUCCGAGCAAAGGGACGGAUACCUGUAUUGUCAUGGAUCCAUCCAGAGAGCCAGGCGACAGUGACACGCUGCAGCCAGCCAAUGGUCGGGGUGAACGGGAAGCGCAGCAAAGAGGACGAGAAAUAUCUCCAAUCAAUCAUGGAUGCGAAUGCUCAGUCCCAUAAGCUUUUCAUUUUUGAUGCCAGGCCCAGUGUCAACGCUGCUGCCAACAAGAUGAAAGGGGGUGGAUAUGAAAGUGAGGAUGCGUAUCAAAAUGCUGAGCUGGUAUUCUUGGAUAUUCACAAUAUCCAUGUGAUGAGAGAGUCGCUCCGCAAGCUGAAGGACGUGGUCUACCCCAACAUCGAGGACUCCCACUGGCUCUCCAAUCUGGAGUCCACUCAUUGGCUUGAGCACAUCAAGUUAAUUCUGGCUGGAGCGCUGAGGAUUGCAGACAAAGUGGAGUCUGGGAAAACGUCAGUGGUGGUUCAUUGUAGCGACGGCUGGGAUCGCACAGCUCAGCUCACCUCCUUGUCCAUGCUCAUGCUGGACAGUUACUACCGCACCAUUCGCGGCUUCGAAGUCCUGCUCGAGAAAGAGUGGCUGAGUUUCGGUCAUCGCUUCCAGCUGCGUAUCGGUCAUGGUGAUAAAAACCACACAGACGCAGACCGCUCCCCUGUUUUUAUUCAGUUCAUUGACUGUGUCUGGCAGUUGACUCGCCAGUUUCCUGCAGCCUUUGAGUUUAACGAAUACUUCCUGGUAACCAUCCUGGAUCACCUGUACAGCUGCCUGUUUGGGACAUUCUUGUGUAACAGCGAACAGCAGAGGUUGAAGGAGGAGAUUCCCAAGCGGACAGUGUCAUUAUGGUCUUAUAUUAACAGCCAGCUGGAGGAGUUUACCAAUCCUUUGUAUGUGAACUACUCCAACCAUGUGCUGUUCCCAGUAGUCAGCUUACGCCACCUGGAGCUUUGGGUCGGAUACUACAUUCGCUGGAACCCGCGAAUGAGGCCUCAAGAGCCCGUUCAUCAGCGCUACAAGGAGCUGCUGGCAAAGCGUGCCGAGCUGCAGAAAAGAGUGGACGAGUUGCAGCGAGAGGUGACCAAUCGCUCAGCGUCCUCAUCCUCUGAGCGGGCAGGCUCCCCAACACGCUCCAUCACUCCAGUGCAGACCUUCGUUUGACACAACUGGACCUUCGUAACUGUCACAGAAGCUGAAUCCCACCUGUGAGAAGGUGCCAUACAGCAGUAAUCAGUAGGUUACACACCUGUGUGCCAAUCUGCCUCUUUUGGUGACACACAGUGAUUGUACACUACCAUCAAAAGUCUGUAAAAGCAGAUCGCUGUAUUUGCAUCUCUCACAGGUCAUGCAACGUCUGCUUGUAACAGAAGUGUUAGUCUCAGAGCGCUUCACUACAGCCAUAUUCUACUCUUCUUCCAGGUUUGAGGGGACAUGUAACCAGAGUAAUGAGGACUGUUUAGAAUAUUGACCUACCUACAGUCAGUGUUUUUAAAGUACACUAAAUAAGUAUCACUCGGGUUAAAUGUUUAUGCCUUAUACACUUUAUAGGAACUCUCACCCCAUUCCUUGAUACUGAUUUGAAAGCACUACAGCUGAAGCCAUAGUGAACAUGUACAGUGCUACAACAAUUAGUUUAAGCUCCAGAAAAUAAGUACUAAAACCAAGUUAAUGGCUUGGGAGUUGUUGGGUGUUGAUUUAUAAAUGUAGCUUAAGGGCUGUAACGUUAGCUUCCUCUAAUAUUAGGUAAAGGGUUCAUUAAAAAAAAAAGGUUGGGAUUGUCUUUUAAGAAACAGUCUCUUUAGAUUGUUGUGACCAAAUAUCUGCUUUUAUGAAUCCAUAUGUCAUGCAUGACAUUCCUUUCACUAAGAGAUUUAGGUUUUGUAAGUUUCAUUUUUCUCACUAGUUAAGAUUAUUUGUUAUCCUUUAGUCCAGACUUGUAUUUAUAACUCACAAACAUUCUCUGUCUCAAGUCAUGACCUGAUUAGAGACAAUUCCAUGCAAUAUUAAUAAGCUGCAAAGAAUAUGCAAUAGUUAACUUGCCCCGGCAGUUGUUUACUCAAGAAUGUUUGUGUGUGAAAAUUUCUUGCAGAUGCUUUUAAAGCUAGUAUCAGCCAAUAUUAGUUUUAUAGGGAGCAGAAUGUGUAACCUCUAAUAUUUUUGCUUUGGGUGUCUUUUUUUUUUUUUAGGUUAAUUAACCUGAUUGAAUAUCUGUGCCUUGCUCUGAAUGAUUGGGAGAAAAACAAAAUAGCGUGCACAGUUUGUAACUGCCGAUGUUAAACAGUAAAUAGUGUUAGCCUUUAGCCUUUCCACUGCGUAUGUGAAUACUUGCAAUAAAUGCGCAACUCAGCCUCAAGGAUUCAUUUUGGUUUGUUGCAGUAGCGUGAUGUGAACACAACACUUAUUUCAGUCCACGAGGCUAGCAUUAAUUAUCUCUCAUUAUCAUUAGGAUAUUGCCAUAAAAUAUAAGAUAGAGUGCCUUUUAUUAUAAAUUAAGAAACUGAAAGUGUGCUUGUGAAGCAAAUGUAAUACCAGACUGGUUCUGAAAACAUUAGCGUGACCAUAUUCAAUCUGUUUAAUUUUCAUACCUUAGGUGUAAAAUUAUUUACUCUUUAGAGACUGGUAACUCCCAUGACUUUUGUAUUUAUUCAUGCAUCUACAUCUGUAUUGCCACUGAUACUGAGUUAAUCUCCCUUUACAAUGUACAGCUAUAAAGUCACACAGCUCCACCUGGUUGAAGUGAGACUGCAACACUGUAUGCACUCAUUGCUUCAAAACUUGAAUCUGGAAACUGAUGUACUGCAGGCAGCGGCGAUGUCAAUCUAUACUGAAAUAUUUAAUAAAAGUGCUGAUACUA